GAAUGGCCGUGAUAGCAGCGCUUAUAAAAGGAGCAGGAGGUGAUCUUAGAAAAACAAUUACAUCUUCUCCAGAUUAUUCCAAAGACACAGUUUGUGUUUCUUGUGAUCUGAUUUCUAGCUCUGGGCUGUAUCAUGGCAUGGGAUAGUUCAAUGUUUCUAUUUUCCUGAGCAUAAAAGUGGAGAUGUUAAUUGCCCAGGAACGUGUUGCUUGAGGCUGUUCAUCUGGAGCUAUGUUAGUUGGAAAUAAUCUAUUGCUUGAGAGUAAUAAAGCAAAUUUUCUUAGAGAAAAAUAAGCAGUAUUUUAAAAGCGGAACAGAGUUUUCAUCGUAAUCAUGCGAUCAUCACCUUUACCUUAACUUCUGGCCACUCUCUGUCGCUAAGAUGAGCACCCGCCCUUCUUUUGACCCUGAACGUCGAGUCCGGAGCACAUUGAAGAAGGUCUUUGGGUUUGACUCUUUUAAGACACCUUUACAGGAGAGUGCGACCAUGGCCGUAGUGAAAGGUGACAAGGAUGUCUUUGUGUGCAUGCCCACAGGGGCAGGAAAAUCCCUUUGCUAUCAGCUCCCUGCUCUGUUGGCCAAAGGCAUCACCAUCGUAAUCUCUCCACUCAUUGCUUUGAUUCAGGACCAGGUGGACCACUUGCUGACCCUGAAGGUACGAGUGAGUUCCCUGAACUCCAAGCUCUCGGUACAGGAGAAAAAGGAGCUGCUCUCUGAUCUAGAACAAGAAAAGCCACAGACCAAACUUCUGUACAUCACGCCGGAGAUGGCGGCUUCAGCCUCCUUCCAGCCCACCCUGAACUCACUGGUGUCCCGCCGCUUGCUCUCCUACCUGGUGGUGGACGAAGCUCAUUGUGUUUCUCAGUGGGGGCACGACUUCCGUCCUGACUACUUGCGUCUGGGCACCCUCCGUUCACGCCUGGCACAUGCCCCGUGCGUGGCUCUGACUGCCACAGCCACCCCACAAGUCCAAGAGGAUGUGUUUGCUGCCCUGCACCUGAAGCAGCCGGUUGCCACCUUCAAGACUCCCUGCUUUCGGGCCAACCUCUUCUAUGAUGUGCAGUUCAAAGAACUGCUUUCAGAUCCCUAUGGGAACCUGAGGGAUUUCUGCCUUAAGGCUCUUGGACAGAAGGCUGAUAAAGGGUUGGUAUCUGGCUGCGGCAUUGUCUACUGCAGGACCCGAGAGGCUUGUGAACAGCUGGCGACAGAGCUCAGUUACAGGGGUGUGAGUGCCAAGGCUUACCAUGCAGGGCUGAAGGCUUCCGAAAGAACGCUGGUGCAGAAUGAGUGGAUGGAGGAGAAGGUCCCGGUCAUUGUUGCAACCAUUAGUUUCGGGAUGGGAGUGGACAAAGCCAAUGUCAGGUUUGUUGCCCACUGGAAUAUUGCCAAGUCUAUGGCUGGGUACUACCAAGAGUCUGGCCGGGCAGGCAGGGACGGGAAACCUUCCUGGUGCCGUCUCUAUUACUCCAGGAAUGACCGGGACCAAGUCAGUUUCCUGAUCAGGAAGGAAGUAGCAAAACUCCAGGAAAAGAGAGGGAACAAAGCAUCUGAUAAAGCUGCUGUCUUGGCCUUUGAUGCCCUGGUGACCUUCUGUGAAGAACUGGGGGUAACUGCUCUCCGUUGGUCAGCUGCCGCUCCAGGGGGCAUUGUUUCGAUGCCGCCUGCCCCCUUCCCGCUUCCGUGACAUGGACGUGUCUCACUUUGCCUCUCUGAGUCUGUUUCUUUUCCUCAUUUUACGUGAGAGGAGAUGCCCAUCUUUCGAGGCUGUUGGAUUGACUCCUGGAAGCAUAGCGGUGGCUAGCCCAGAUCCUGGCACACGUUGGGGCCCUGCACAUGUGAUUCCCCUCGGGGCGGGGGGCGUCUGGCCACUGCAGGAGCAUCGAGGAAGCCUUUGGGGGCAGUCGUACCCCCUUGUACACUGUUUCAGAGACCCUCCCCAAACACCUCUGGGGAGCUUCAUCUAUGUCCUGCGUUCCCAGGAUGUUUGUGGUGUGUGAGGUGAAGGUAGGUGGUGGGGCAGGCUGGAGACGGGAGCUGUGUUUUAAGUGAUGGUGAGGGUAGCAGGCAGAUGGGUCCCUGGAGGAUUAGAGGGUUUCCUGUCAGAAGUGGGAGGCUCCUUGGGCGCCUGGGUGGCUCAGUUGGUUAAGCGACUGCCUUCGGCUCAGGUCAUGAUCCUGGAGUCCCUGGAUCGAGUCCCGCAUCGGGCUCCCUGCUCAGCAGGGAGUCUGCUUCUCCCUCUGACCCUCACCCCUCUCAUGCUCUCUUUCUCAUUCUUUCUCUCAAAUAAAUAAAUAAAAUCUAAAAAAAAAAAAAAAAAGUGGGAGGCUCCUGGAGUUUAGAUCCCCCCUCUUCUCUCACACCCCACCCCAGGGUCAGCAUGUUUCUGCAAAGGAGAUCAAGAUCCCGGUUUCCAAGUGUACUAAGGGGCACGGGGUCCUAGAAUGCCGUGGUCAUCUACCCCUGCUUCCCUUUAUGUAUGGGAAACAGAGCUGGGAGAGUAGGAAGAGUAAGUGGCUCCUCUGAGGUCACACAGCAGGAUGGGGAGCCUGGCCAGCCCCCCUACUGCAUCACGCUGUCUCUCAUGGAGGCCUAUCUUAGGCAGCCUGCUCUCUGGCUGGCAAGGCAAGUCAGCCUCCAGCGCGGCCUACUGAGGGCACCAUCCAUGCAGUAGGCGCAGUGCAGGGACUAGGGCCCCAGAGCCCUCUAGAAGUGGGUGUGCUCUGCCUGAUCAGCCCCAUUCCACACUCAUGAGUCUGGAGCACUGCUUUUAUUCAGGCACCUCAUGCCCAGGCCAGGGCCACACCUAUUCUCUGAGAACCACAUGUAGCUUGUCACCAGACGGCCAGAUCUUGUCUCAGAUUCACCAAACUCCUUCCCACGCAUAGGGCCCCUCUCCUCUGGUCACACUGAACACGCCCCGCCCCCGCCCCCUGUUGACCAGUGAAGUGGACUUGCACCAGGAGGGUGGUCCCCUCUCAUUCUGGGGCCUCUCUGGGCAUCCCCAAUUCCCGUGUUUUCAGGAGUGCAGUAGCCUACCUGCUGGUCUCAUUCCUGGAGGAGGGAACAGAGGUGCCCAGCAAAGCCCUGGGGGAGACUUUGCAUAGGGCUCAGGAGUUGGGCACCUUUUCUCCUCCCCUCUUCGUCUCCGCUUGGUCUGGCUUCUUCAGCCUGAUUGGCCCUGUGCCUGCAUUGCCUAAUGUAGCCAUCAGAGACUCCUUGAAAGAGGAAGCGGGCAGAGGCCACCUGGGCAAGAGCGGCUUUUUCACUUGUGUUUCCAGGUCCAAAGACCCGGGGAGGGAUUGUGGAGGGGAGGGCUCUGCUUGUGAGCAAGAAGCGGUGUGGAGACCUGGCCAUUCUGAGGGGUGUGAUCCCCAGAGCAGGGAGGAUGCAGGUUGGGCCCAGGCUGCUUGGCUGUGCAGGAAAUGUGGGCUUUGUUGGUCAGAAGCUUUGGCUCUGAAGUCGGCCAUCCUCCAGGCAUUAUGAAGUCAGGACGCUACAGAGUCCCACCCAGAGGACUCUGGGGCAUAGGGCCCCACUCUGGGAGGAAUGCCAGUCCACGCUAGUGGCAGGCCGUGCCUGUGGCCGUGUGGCCGUGGAUGGCAUUGUGCCUUUGCGCCCAGGGCUCCUCUGGUGAGCUGAGUUAGCAAGCUGUACCAGCUGUGGGGUUUCAUCCCGGGCUGCUCACUGAUUCUGUCUGGGCUAUGAACGGGAUGGGGCCACUGGACAACCGAGGUUCUGCCCCGAAGGCUGACAGGGAACCCCCUUUUUUUUCAGUUGACGUUCUGCCAUUUCCACCUUGGGCUUGAGCAGAAUAAACUUCAGUGGGUACCAUGGGAGCUGGAGGGACCUUGUUCUCCUAAGAGGGAGGAGGCACAUUCUAGCAGGUCCCAGGCACUCUUCCCAGUGGGCUAUUUAAAGAGAGGCCCGGGGGGUGCCUGAUGCCUGGUGCCCAAUAUAACCAGCAGUCGUCAGGUGACCGUGCGGUAUGUUCCUCAGCCGUGGUUCUGUAGGGAGUCCCAGUUCCCAGCUGUGACCCAGGAAACGUGGGUACUCUGAGGCUGGCUGCUUCUUGUCCCUUUUACUUUCUCAGGUUUGGAGGGAGGAAGACAGGGAAGGCCAGAGCGGGUACUGAUGAUCACGUUUAUCUUUCUGGUCUAUCUCAAGGAGAUAGGAGGGUCAUCCAUUCUCCUUCCAAAACUGUACUUCCCCAUGAACCAAGGCAAUCAGAGUCCGUCCCAGCCCUAUGAGGCUCGGGAGUGCUUCGGUUGGAAGCAGCCUAAGCAAGUGGCUUCCCAUGGCCCCAGGAAGGGAGAGCAGCCUUGGCUGCCUGUGUGUGGCCCUUCUAGGAACCUUUGGAGGGUGCUCAGUGGCUGAAAUGGCAGCCCAUGGCAGGGGAGGUGAGCCGGGCAGAGGUGAAGGCUGGCAGAGUGGGAGGGACCAGAAAACAUUCCUUUGUGUGGCAUCUCCUGGCACAGAGAACCUUGUGAGAGAGCAGGCGGGCAUCCUGCAGGCCAGACAGCUGCCACUGGGUCCUGAAGCUUCCCGGUUUCCUCCUUGCAAAACUGAUAUUCCAACCCCAGGGGCCCUUUGUGGAAGAGAGCAGGCAGCACGCCGGCCUGUUUAGGACUGAUAAGUGGUGUGCUGAUGGCUCGGGGCCCCUGUCAUCUUGUCAUGGUGGGUUGCAGCCACUCUUGCCCCACCGGGCCCUGUCUUGUUUGAGAAACAGCUAUGAUGGGGCAGACUGAUGGUUGUGGCAGAUUUGCGGGGUCCAGGGGCCUGACCAGUAAGGCAGAGGUGUCCACUGGGCACUGCAUCAAGCCUUAGACGAUGCCCUUUUCUGCCUUGGCUCCAAGCUGCUGUGGGAAGUAGACAUUUGAACCCAGAGCAGUCCUGCUUCCCUAACCCCGUGGCUUUCCAGGACCGGAGGAGGCACUUCCUGCUGCUAGGGAUGGUUCCCCCAGCCCCAGAAGCCAGGCAUCACCCUGCUGUUCCAGCUCAGCGCCUGUGUUCAGGGGACCCAGACCACCUAUGUCCUGUGGCUGCAGGGACUCAGCUCCCCACCCGCUUGCCUUGCAGAUCCGAGCCAGCAGGGGUAGCCCUGGGCUCACCACUGCGCCCUUCCCUUACCCAGCCCUGCCCACUGCCUGCAACACGGAACUGGCGCCUGGCCCCUCUCUGCCAUGCCUGGCUCAUCGCUGCAGGGCUUUUAGUCUCCCCAGCCACCAACCCAGGCCAAAUCCCACAGCCUCUUAUGAGCCAAGAACACUUGGACUGAUCCUUGGUUUCCACUUUUCCCUAGAUUGUUGUUUUUCUUUCUAAGUAGAUAU